GAGCUUGUUAGACACUCUUUAAUCGUUUAUUGCCUUUAAGCAGCAACUAAAGAGUUAUUGAAAUUAUUCAUCUAUAACAUCAAACUAAACUUAUAUUUCUAUAGUUUUACUAUUCAUAUUAUUUAUUUUAUCUCACAGACUACGAAUUUCACACGGUGCAAGUUCAAGCUUUCGGAAAGACAUUCCAUUAUUUAGUCCUAUAUUACUUAACCUAUUAGAUAAUUCAAUUAUUAGAUUUUUUUUUCUUCCUUUCUAUUACCAAUAGAAGGUAACAUUGUACUUUCACCACGAGUCCAACCACAAUACAUAUCUAUCUAAAAAUCCAAGUACAUCAAUCCAUUUAAAGAGAAGACACACUGAUAUCAUUGGCACGUACUACCUAUCUAAUAUCAUAUACCUGUACCCUCUUGUGACAGCGUACAUCUUUCUUAACAUACUUAUUUAUUAUUGUGACAACCUCUUUCCACCUCUCAAUGAGCCUGUACACCGUGAGCAGUGAGAGCAGUGUGUGUGGUUCCCCAUCUAACUUCAACACCGUGCGCGAGGCCUCUGUUGGACUGUUCAAGGCCACUACCCCCCCUCCUUCCACGGCGGUGCCCCACGCGAAGGCACUCCCCCCCCCCGAACGGACCUCGGGGGUCGCCGCGGAUUAUUCCAAACAGAUGGAGGGCCUGCGUGAUCGCACCAGCGCCCUUCAGCGGUAUAAACUAUUAGUGAAUAAGGCUCGCCUGACGCCGGAAAGGACCAAGGAGAACGAUCCCGCGCAAAAACGAACUCUUGAGGGGGCCACGUCCAAUGGUCUAUCCAACGCGGAAAGGAAGACAACUUUGACGGCAGAGGGUCCCGUGGUUGGCGCGUUUUCUGCCCCGCGUAAGGAUCGACUCCCGUUGAAAGAGCGUGCAGGGGGAAAGCAAGGGGAUGGGUCCUGGAAAACUGCAGAUUCCGACCCCUCUUCCACAUCCCGCAAGAUUUUACCUUCUUCAACAAAAGAUCAUCUUCAUAACCAUUCGAAUGAUGGCAAGCAGCAUGUGUGUGCUUCUGAUAAGGAACCUCUUACCACUACUAAUGGCAAACACAAACCGGUAGAGCUGAAUUCUCAGCCUCUCGGCCUGCCCGAGCCGAUUGAGUUCCCGUCAAAUCCUAGACGUAAUACCAUGCGACCGGACUACGAACCCAUUACGAUUCGCCAUAAUUUGGACGAUCAAAUGGAGUCUUUUAAUAGCCGAAGCUCAGUGUUAAAGCCCAAUACCAAUUUUGAGGAUCCCCCACCUACCUCCACGGACGACCUGUUAUCGGAGCUAAACUCCACUUUUCCAGAGAUCAGUGAAAGGGAGCACCAACGGCCAUCAAAGGCUCCCAAAACGAGAAAGACCUCUGCGGUGAAGCACCAUGGGGAUAAACCGAACGGAAAGGACGAUAAAAUGAAUGGGUCGCAGCAUACGGAUUCGAACAAGGAACGCAUACCUGCAAAUGGGAGCCAGACCGCGUUUUGGGUUCGACCCUCGUCCGCGCUUUAUGAGAUGACAGCCAGCAUCGGAGCCAAGCGCAAGAGCAGCGCGCAGAUGGAGAUUAUAAGCGAGGACGACUUGACCGCGCAUUCUCGCGUCGGCGCGUCGUACGGCAGUACGAAUUUAUCCGAGGCGUCUCCACACGAGCGUCGUCCGCAGUUCACGACUUACUUUUCCGCGUUCCGCGGCUCGACGAAGGGUGUGGAUAACCGAUCCUCCAAAAUGUCCGUUCGUUCGUCAAACCCCGCGGCGUCGAACAGCUCUUUUGAGUCCCCUCGCGCUUCUUUGAUCUCCUACGACUUUUCCGGCCUGGCGAAGCCUUCCCAGUGCAGCUCCGCCCGUUUGGCGGACUCCCGGUCCUCUCGGGCGAGCUUUAUUCCCAUUUCUUGCAGAAAUAGUCAGGGCGCCCUUUCAAGCCAGCCCGGGUCUUCGCGGAAUCGACGACUCAACACGUCGGAGUCCAGUCAAAGUUUGUUGGAGCCAACCUCAACCGCGAAACGCCCGCAAAACGGUGGGGGAAAGAGCAAGGGGGGUUUGUCGACUCGCCCGAAAAGCGAAAAAAACGACGUGCCCGCCUGCGAGGUUCCCGACGGCACCGCCCUUCAAACCAUGAAUUCCUCCCCGAGAACCAAAAAACGGACCAUCGUCGUGAAUAUCAACCUACCCCAAUCCGAGAUGGGGGAUUUUGGGCUGGAUCCGAAGCCGGAGGGGCGUCCCCCGAAGGCGACGCCGGGGAAUCGAUCCUCCAGCGGGGUUCUCUCCCCGUGCUCCUCCUCGUUCUCCCCGAGGACUUUUCAACCCCGGGAGAACUCCCCCUCGCGGACCUCCCCCGGGCUUUUGAAGAAUCGUGGGCAGGAGAAGUGGGACGCCGCGACGGCCUCGGGUGGGGUGGAGGCGGUCAAGGCGAAGGGCGCGGAUGGGGGGGCCCCCGCCGCCCUCGGCCUCCCCGACGUCGACAAGGAGAACCGCGGCGAGGUCGAAAAGGGCCAACGCCUGGACGGGAAUGGCGAUCGGGCGGAUGCCCCGGUCGCCCCCUCGGGCGGUCCGUCCGCGGGGAUUAUUCGCCACCCCCCUUCUUCCGCCGUCGAGAUGGUUCGGUCGAUGAUGCAGGGGAUUCUCCAACAAACGCGCUGCGUCCUGCCCUGUUAUCUCUGCGCGGAGAUGAUCCACGCCACGACCUACCACGUCCACCUGGAGGUCUGCCGGCGGACGACGGAGGGGCUGAUGAAGGAAUACGCGAUUCCCCCGAAGGUGUGGGAGAAUAUCGAGGGCCUGGCGAGCCGGGCGAUUCCUAUUUCCUCCUCCAGCCAGGCGGAGCGCGAUGGCUUUGUGGUGGCGUGCUAUCAAUGCGCGUUGGGGCUUGUGAUUCCGUGUCGAAUAUGCAGCGCGCAUAUUCGCAUUCAUGAUGCGAAAAAUCAUGAAAUGCUUUGCGGGAAGGCUUCUUAUAAUAAUAGCAAGGCCGCGCAGCGGGUGAUAAAGGCGGCAAAUCAUAUUUUAAGGCAUGCAACCAAUGUAGAAUAA